UUGUCCAUCUCUAAUCAGCUGGACACAAGGAUAACAAGGAUCACAUGUUAGACAUUCUGCGUUGUGUAUUAAAACUGUACCUAAAACUGUAUCUGUUCAGAAAGAACACACAAAUUUGAAGCAAUAAAACAACACCAAAUUGUUGCGUUUGGGAUGCAGAUGUCCUGCACUCUAGCAAAUGUGUGCAUACCUAACUCUGCUAGGUACCUAGAACGCUUGCUGGAUUAUAUGACCUUCUGCGAGUGGUCACCAUAAAGACCAUAAAGGGUUUCCUGCGGUCGGAGAUAUACCGAUCCGUGGGUCUAGAGACGCUCGUUUCAUUUACAGCCUCUCUCGACAGUAUCCAAGUAUAAUUUUUCAAUACAAGUAAAAAUUCUCACUAUUCAAAUCAUGGAAGUUCAAAUCUGUCGCGCUUGCCUGGGAACGUCACCUGCUAUGAUCAACAUAUUCGACAACGCUCCAGGACUAGGGAUCUCCAUCGCCGAUAUGAUCACGCAAUGCACUCCCUACGAGAUUUCUAAAGAAGAUUGCUUCCCCGAAAACAUCUGCGAUUCUUGCCUGCACUGUGCACGAUCCGCCUUUGAGAUACGGCAAACCAUAGAAACGAGCCACCAGAUCUACCUCCAGAUGAGAAAUACUAAAAAUCUACCAGUCAAUUUAAAUGACGGUGUUGGAUUCAGCAAGACGAAAAAACAGUACAUAUGUCCCCACUGCUCAAAGUCGUUUUCCCAGAGUAGUAGUUUAAAAACACACAUCAGGAUUCACACUGGAGAGCGACCAUACAAGUGUUCCCACUGCACAAAGUCGUUUUCCCAGAGUAGUAGUUUAAAAAAACACAUCAGGAAUUGUUUUGUAGAGAGACCAUACAAGUGUCCCCACUGCGUAAAGUCGUUUUUCGAGCAAAUUCAUCUGAACAGACACAUCGAAAAUCACACGAGAGAUCGACCAUACAAGUGUUCUCACUGCUCAAAGUCAUUUUCCACGAGAUUUAAUCGUAAUACACACAUCCGAACUCACACUGGAGAGCGACCAUACAAGUGUUCCCACUGCUCAAAGUCGUUUAGCCAUAAACCUUCUCUUAACGCACACAUCCGAACUCACACUGAACAGCGAUCAUACAAGUGCUCCCACUGCUCAAAGUCAUUUUCCCUUAAAAGUGCUCUUAAUGUACAUAUCCGAACUCACACUGAAGAGCGGCCAUACAAGUGUUCUCACUGCUCAAAGUCGUUUCCCGACCAACUUAUUCUGCAGAGACACAUCCGAAUUCACACGGCUGAGAAGUCGCAUAAGUGUUCUCACUGCUUAAAGUCAUUUUCCGCGCAAAUUCAUCUGCAGAGACACAUCCGAACACACACUGGAGAGCGACCAUACAAGUGUCCCCACUGCUCAAAAUCAUUUGCCCAAAGAUAUACUCUUGACGCACACAUCCGAACUCACACUGGAGAGAGACCAUACAAGUGUUCCCACUGCUCAAAGUCGUUUAGCCAUAAAAAUACUCUUGACGCACACAUCCGAACUCACACUGGAGAGCGACCAUACAAGUGUUCCACCUGCUCAAAGUCAUUUUUCCAGAAAGGUUCUCUUGAUUCACAUAUCCGUGUUCACACUGGAGAGCGACCAUACAAGUGUUCCUUCUGCUCAAAAUCGUUUUCCCAUAAAAGCAUGUUGAAUGAACACAUCCGAAUUCACACUGGAGAGCGACCAUACAAGUGUUCCCACUGCCCAAAGUCAUUUUCCGGGCAAUCUCAACUGCAGAGACACAUCCGAACACACACUGGAGAGCGACCAUACAAGUGUCCCCACUGCUCAAAGUCAUUUCCCCAAAGAUAUACUCUUACUGCACAUAUCCGAAAUCACACCGGAGAGCGACCUUACAAGUGUUCCCACUGCUCAAAGUCGUUUUUACAGAGAAAUCAUCUCAUUACACACAACGGAAACUGUAUUGGAGAGAGACCAUUCAAGUGUUCCCACUGCUCAAAGUCAUUUUCCAUGAAAGGUCAUCUUAAAACACACAUCCGAACGCACACUGGAGAGCGACCAUACAAGUGUUCCCACUGCUCAAAAUCAUUUUCCCAUAAAAAUACUCUUAACGGUCAUAUCCGAACUCACAUUAAAUAGUUUCUUUCUUGCACAAAGAUUUUUUUCUGUUAUAAGGACCUCAACAAACG